AUGUCGACGUCUGGAGUUUACUCGCCGAGCAACGUUCUCCUUGAGAAUAAACGAAUCGAGGAGGAAAUCAGCGCACAGGAGAGGGAGAUUUAUGAUCGGCAGAUUCGUCUCUGGGGCAUGGAGGCCCAAAACAAACUGAGAAACUCGACGGCACUCCUCGUUGGAUUGACUGGGUUGGGAGCCGAGGUGGCGAAAAAUUUGAUGCUAGCCGGACUUCGAAGCAUCACUCUCAUGGAUGACAGAAUAGCGACUCCGGAGGAUAAGAUGGCGAAUUUCUUGCUUCCGGAUGAGAAUUUUGUUGGAAUGAAUCUGGCUGAAGGAAGCGCUGAUCGAGCGAAAGAACUCAACCCAAUGGUGGAACUGAAUACAAUCACGGAUGGAUUGAAACAACGUGGCAAGGAAACUUGGUCAAAGUUCGACAUUGUCAUUUUGAUUGAUCAACCGUUUGAGGAAGCACGUCGUGUUGAUGCGGAAUGCCGUGAACUUAAAGUUCGCUUUGCGGCGGGAUCCGUCUUCGGUGGCGCUGGCUUUGCUUUCUUUGACUUCAACAAUCACGAUUUCUUGUUCAAGAUCAAGGCACCACAAUUCGGCACCGGCGAUAUUGAUGCCCCGAUUGUCGAUAAUAUGACCACGAUUGAAGACGAUCGUUUCGAGAAACAAAAAGUUUCUUAUCCUUCACUUCAAGACUUUUUCUCGGUUGAUUGGACCGGUAAAAAGUACAUUCGAAAAGUCGUGAGAUAUCUUCCGCAAGUCUACUAUCCAAUCAAAGCUUGUCUUCACGGUUCGGAUCAAGGAGGAUUUGCAGAUACCCAAUCAUUGCGAGAGGCCUGGAAAGCCGAAGUUGAACGAAAUGGCCAGGAUUGUGCUCGAUUCACAUACGAAGAAGAGGAUUUCGAAUAUUUCCUUGGCCCACAAAUGUCACCAGUUUGUGCAAUCGUUGGAGGAGUUAUUGGUCAAGAAGCUAUCAAAGCUCUUUCCGAAAAUGAGCUUCCAUUGAAAAAUUCUUUCUUCUACAGUGCUUUUGAUACGGUCGGUGUUGUUUGCAAUUUGCCACCCCCU